AUGCUGCCUCUGCUCGCCGCGCUGCUGGCCGCCGCCUGCCCGCUGCCGCCCGCCCGCGGCGGGGCCGCGGACGCGCCGGGCCUCCUCGGGGCGCCCCCCAACGCCUCCGUGAACGCGUCGUCCGCGGGCGAGGCCGCCGCCCCGCGGCUGCUGGCCUCCGCGGCGCCCGAGCGCCCGGGCCCGGAGGAGGCGGCGGCGGCGCCGUGCAACAUCAGCGUGCAGCGGCAGAUGCUGAGCUCGCUGCUCGUGCGCUGGGGCCGCCCGCGGGGCUUCCAGUGCGACCUGCUGCUCUUCUCCACCAACGCGCACGGCCGCGCCUUCUUCGCCGCCGCCUUCCACCGCGUCGGGCCGCCGCUGCUCAUCGAGCAUCUGGGGCUGGCGGCGGGCGGCGCGCAGCAGGACCUGCGCCUCUGCGUGGGCUGCGGCUGGGUGCGCGGCCGCCGCCCCGGCCGCCUCCGACCCGCCGCCGCCGGCGCCACCGCCACCGCCGGGGCGCCCACCGCGCUGCCCGCCUACCCCGCGGCCGAGCCGGUCGGGCCGCUGUGGCUGCAGGGAGAGCCGCUGCAUUUCUGCUGCCUGGACUUCAGCCUGGAGGAGCUGCAGGGCGAGCCGGGCUGGCGGCUGAACCGCAAGCCCAUCGAGUCCACGCUGGUGGCCUGCUUCAUGACCCUGGUCAUCGUCGUGUGGAGCGUGGCCGCCCUCAUCUGGCCGGUGCCCAUCAUCGCCGGCUUCCUGCCCAACGGCAUGGAGCAGCGCCGGACCACCGCCGGCGCCACCGCGGCCGCCCCCGCCGCAGUGCCCGCGGGGACCACCGCGGCGGCCGCCGCUGCUGCCGCCGCCGCCGCCGCGGCGGCGGCUGUCACCUCGGGGUCGACGACCAAGUGACCCGCUCCCCUCCUCCUGUGCGCCCUGUGUCCGCGCCCGCGGGUGCCUUUCCCGCCCGGAGACUCGGCCAGUGUGCUUCGUGCCGUAGUUAUCGUUAGUUCUUCAGGGGAGGGGGCCGCGGGAGAUGCCCCCGCGUGUUUGCAAAGCGAGGUUUGUGCUGCGCUUGUGGUUCCGAAAAGCAGAUGCAAGCCCUUGGGCUGAAGGGUGGGGUUCGCAGCCCCGAGGACAGAGAGGAGUCAGAGGGGGCCCUUUCCCCGCCGUCGUAUCCCCUGCCCGCCUCCCUCCCGCACCCACGUGCCCUAGAUUCAUGGCAGAACACGACCAGAUCCUGUGUAUUUGUUUUAUAUAUUUAAUAACUGUUUUAAAUGAAAGUUUUAGUAAAAAAAAAAAUACAAAACAAAAAGAUUAAAUUGCUAUUGCUGUAGUAAGAGGGGCUCUUUGUAUCCGAAUAUAGUUGUAUUUGAAGUUUGUUGUUUUUAAAUUUAUUUUAAAAGGGGGGGAGGGCACGGGUAGGAUUUACCACCGAGAUAUUGUUACCGCUGAAAAUGAACUUAAUGAACCUUUUCCAAGUUGAUCUCCCCAGUGACGCGGCCUGGUGGGCGUUUCUUCUUGUACGUAUGUGGUUUUUUUGGCUUUUAAUACAGACAUUUUCCUCCA